AUGAAAACGAUAGCACGCUCCGUCAGCUUGGUGCUUGCGCCGUUGGUGCUGCUGGCCGCGUGUUCCCCUGCCGUCUCGCAAGCGUGGUCUUCAGGAUCAGGCUCCUCCCAGCAAUCUGCCACGUCCUGGAGUCAGCAGGAUAGGACCUCGCAAACAAGCAACUGGGUCACACAGCCGCAGCUCCAACAAGUUCAGCAGGUCUUCGGCCAGCAACAACAACAGCAAACAAGCAACGUGUUUGGUUCCGUGCCCAACGCUUUUCAGAGCGGCCUUACCGGCGGCAACGCAGCCGCGCAGUUUACUCAACAAUGUGAAAAUCUUGCUUGGGGUUACUCUGAUGCCAAGUCCGCUAUCGAUGCCUACUACUCUGAGGGUGCUGGCUACGCGUACGGUGUCUCUCAGCCCGCCGACUGGCAUUCUGUGGGACAUUUCACCCAGGUAAUCUGGAAGGCUUCGACGGACCUAGGUUGUGCUGUCGCCACAUGCAACGGCGGUCAGCAGUUCCAAGUUUGCCGCUACUCUCCACCUGGGAAUGUCCAAGGCCAGUACGCUGAAAAUGUCCUGCCGCCAAGUACAUAA